AUGGCAAAUAAUAAGAGAAAGCAACAGCCAGAAUGCGAAGAGAAUUCACAACCGUUAUCGACGACCGAAGAUAGUAUAAAAAAAGAGUCAAAAAAAAGAUUUAGAAUAAACGUAGAUGACGCUGUAAAUGAUCAAAUGGAUUGGACUUAUUCGAUUCAA